GAUGGCAGGGUUACAAUAGGCUUUUUAUACUGCAAUUUUUGCUAUUAAAACAAAGAUCCUCAGAGAGAAAGAACUCUAAUGCUGCAAACCUGUACACAUUUAUACGUGAGUUAGAACACGCAUUUCAUUGAAAUUUUAUUUUGGAAAGUAUGUCUGGUGGAAUGGAGGAGAAACAGGCCGCUAAUAUAAAUUCCAAAGGAAUUACAGAAGAUCCUGUAAAUGGGAGAAUACAAUCUGUUGAAAAACUGAAUACACCUGGAAAAUCUUCAAGUUCGUUACAUGAGGGCAAUCAGGAUGAAACUGAAUCAAGUACUGGGCUUAAAAGUGACACUGGGCAAGAUUCCGAAAUUCUUGGGUCAAGUCCAAAACCAGAUACUUCACAAUCACUAUCAACUAUUGACAUGACAGAUAUUUCAACAAGCAGUUUGUAUGAAGAAAAGUCAGGUGAAUCUCAGGAUAAACUGUCCAAAAGUUUUUCAGGGGGGUCUCAAAGCGAUCCAGAAAAAGAUGCCUUGCCUUCUGCAGAGAAACUAGAAAGCAUUAAGAAGAUAUCAGCAAUUUUGAUGUCUGAAACCAAGGAUACUGACCUUAUUGCUUAUUUGUAUGCUGAAGGCUUAAGUGACCUUCCUACAGAUUAUUUGGAAGUGCAAGCUAGAAAAAGCUUACUGCACUCUAUAGAGAGUGCUACAAUACCCCAAAAGUUAUCCAUAGAUGCGCUCUCUGAAAUGAUGCUUGAUGACUUUACAGUUCAAUUAAAUGCUAAAGCGCUGAUUGAAAUUCCCACAGGGAUAUUUGACAUCAAAAUGCUUAAUUAUUUGUACUUGAACAAUAAUGAAAUCAAAACCAUACCAAAAGAGAUAAAACAGUUGACAAACAUAGAAAUAUUAUCCAUGGAAGGAAAUCAGUUAACAUCGUUGCCUCCUGAAAUAUGCUUCCUUCGAAACCUUAGAACUUUAAACCUCAGCCAUAACCAAAUAUCAUGGCUCCCAGAUGAACUUUCAAAACUUUCAAAACUUAAGUACCUUCUGCUCAGCCAUAACAACAUUGAAAUGUUUCCAUCUGGUUUAAAAAACCUGAGGAACCUGGAAAUUUUAGACCUCAAUGGAAAUAAAGUAACUCAGAUAGAGAGUUUGACUAACAUGGAAAAUCUGAAUGUCCUCUAUUUAAAUGCCAACAAGAUGACAAUAUUCCCAAAGGCUCUCUGUUACCUUCCAAAUCUAAGCAAACUCAGCUUGACAGAAAAUCAGAUCCAAAGUUUGCCGAAGGAAAUUAAAGAACUAAGAAAACUAAAAGAACUUUCACUAAGCAGCAACAAGCUGCUAUUUUUGCCUGUCCAGCUGUUUCAGCUAGUACAGUUAGAAAAACUGAGACUAGAUGAUAACCAGUUAGAAAGCCUAUCCGAUAAAGUAGAGAACUUGCAAAAGCUUCAAGAGCUCAAUCUUGCCAAAAACUUAUUUAAAAACAUUACUGAUAAUAUUUGCAAAUGUACUACACUGGAACGUCUCAGCCUCAGUGACAACCAAUUUAAAAAGCUUCCCAACAACCUGUUCAAACUAAAACAUUUAAAGGAACUCUACCUAAACAGAAAUCAACUGAUCUUAUUAGACGAACAAAUAGCAUACAUUAAAGAGCUUUCCAUCUUAGAGGUAUCAGACAAUGCUUUAAUGUAUAUCCCGGUCGAAAUUAAAAGUUGUACAGAAAUCACCAGAAUUGACUUGAGCUGCAACAAGUUGGCCUUGUUUCCAAUGGGACUGUGUGCACUGGUGGCUCUUAAACAUCUAAAUCUUAGUGGAAAUUAUAUUUCAGAAAUAACUACUGAAAUUUCAUUCAUUAAAAUUUUGCAGUAUUUAAAUUUGAGCAAGAACAAACUGCCAUCCUUUUCCAUACACUUUUCCACUCUUUCAAGAUUAAGUUACUUCGACCUAAGUCACAAUCAAAUAAGUAGUAUUCCAACAAACGUGCAAAAAAUGUACUCUCUUCGAGUUUUGCUUUUACACCAUAACAAAUUUAUUUUGUUUCCCCGAGAGUUAUGUGCUCUAAAUCGACUUAAGGUACUUGAUCUUUCUGAAAACAAGAUACAGUUCAUUCCCUCAGAAAUUAAGGAGCUGCUAGAACUAAAAGAGUUAAAUCUGUCAAACAACCAUUUUGCAUCUUUUCCAAGUGAAAUUUGCCAAAUUUCAUCACUGCAGAAAUUAACCCUGUGCCAGAAAAAUGGAUUAAAGUUAAAAUCACUUUCAGCAGAGAUAUCCAGACUGGUGGUCCUUAAAGAGCUUGAUAUAUCUUAUAAUGAAUUACAAGAAAUACCAGAAAGUAUAGGGGAAAUAAAAACGCUAAUCACUCUAAUAGCAAACAACAAUUGCUUAACAAAGCUUCCCUCAAGAUUUUCAUCACUCUUUAAUUUACAGCGCCUUGAUCUCAGAGAAAACAAGAUGCUGCAUUUGCCUAGUGAUAUGCACCUUCUCCUGGGAUUGAAGGAUAUAAAUUUUGAUGGAAAUAUUCUGAUCAGACCUCCAGUAGAAGUCUGUAAAGGAAAACAACUGUUGCCCAUAACACAUUACUUAGAAAGUGCUGACAGAAGAGAUGAAAAGAUCUUGGAAAAAGUAUUGAAGACAAUUGCUAACAAUAUUCCCUUUGAACAUUUUCAAUUUUUUUGUGAAAAGCUGCAAAUCGAGACUUCUACCAUCAAAUCUAUUGAACACAACAGGGCUCUUUUAUUAGAAGAAAAAGUGGCUCAGGCAUUGAACUACUGGAAAACUUCGCACUCAGAACUGACUCCAGAGGCCAUGAUAGACCAGUUGAUUAGAGUACUCAUCAUGGCUGGGCUGUAUUACCUGACCAACAAAGUGAAAGCGAUAAAACUCUGUUCAAGACUUAUAAAGUUCUAAAAAAUAAACAACACCUAUAUUUUCACUUUAGGAUUUUUGGGUGGAGAGAAGGGUGUGUGUAAGGUUAAUUUAGCAGGAUUUAAUAUGCAUUGUUUAAUGUACUGCAAAAACAAACAAACCCCAAAGCAGCAGCAGACUGUGAUUUCCAAAUAAGCCUUUAUUAUUCUGUCCUGGAGCUGAAAGUGCACAAUUGAGUAGAUAGAGUGGAAAUACAGAAAGAUCCAAGAUCGUAAGACGAUUCCAUUGAGCUGCUGCUAAUGAUCAAGCAUCAUUAUAGAGUUCUAGUACAACUUGCAACAAAGCCCCCUUCACCCCCACAUA